AAUUAAGGGAUAUGGCUAAGGAAGCGUUCUUCACCUUUGCAAAGUUAGGACUCCAACUUAGAGAGGAGUUUGGACUUGAAGACGUUUAUGAAAAUGACGAAGAAUUAAGACUCCAGUUAGUAUCUGUAAAGGGCUUGAAGAAGUCUUCAGAACUAAUAAAAACGAGAUUUACAAGGUAUGCAAACGCAAGCAACGCUAUGGUUGUAGCUGGAAGAGCUGCAACUUCGUCUCUUGGAGACAUCGCAAGGCUGGCAAGACCAAGGAACCAAGGCAUCUUUGGUCCCAAGAACUCAGCUGACGAUGACCUCUCGACGGACACGUCCUUAGUGGCAGUCACAAACAGCACAAACGAAUCAGGUUUGUGUUCCAAAGAACUAAGGCAGCUUCUGUUCGCUGUCUCUCGCGCCGAACGAGAUGUUCACGAAGCACUGAGCGCCUUUAGUCGUGCAAUUGACGUGACAAUCGUGAAACCUAGAAAAGACUUUCUUGAGACAUAUUCAACAGAGUUUCGUGCACGGAAAAACGCGUUUAAAGAAGCGAAGCGUAACUUUAAAGCCCAUGCAAGAGCACAGCAAAGGGGACAGGACUCCGAAGUAAUUGGCGUGAAUGGUAUCGAACGAUUUGAACUUGCUGAAGCACGCUCUGCAUAUGAAACUGCUGAGGUUGAACUUGCACGAUAUGCCGCUAAACUGGAGGAAGAGAAUGACAGGAUUCUUUUGCGCAACGUUGCUGGAUUUGUUAUUCAACACCAUGCCACUCUUAUGAGAUGUCUAGUUGCUUUGGAGAAAGUUCUGCCCCUUUGUUAUCAGUACGCUUCUGAAAACAUUCAUCGAGCCUAUCAUCGUGCUUCACAAGGCUCCUCUUUGGAUACUUAUUUUGCAAGUGAGGGUCCGCGAUCUCAACAUAUGGAUGCACUUACCGCUGUUCCCCAUUCUGGAGCGUUAACCUUUAUUCGCAGUAAUAGUGGUCUAUCCGGGCAUCAACUUAAACAGUCCGUCAAAGGAGGCGGCACGAACUCUGACGAUUUUUCAUCAUUUGAUGUUGAACACAGGAUAGAACUGAUGAGAAACCUUAUAUCUCGUCUUGUACUUACCGUUUGGAAAUUGGCGGUGAAGUGUUCCAGAGAAAGUAAUAAGAAAGCUAUGGCGAUAUACUAUCCACACUCAGAUUCUCUGAAAGGCAAAAGUUUUGAGAGGUCUACACAGUCCUCUUCUGAAACUAUACCAAGUUUUGACGAUUUUCAACGAACUAUUGCAGCCCAGCGGCUGAUUAUUCAUCGUUUAAUUAGCACCCGAUGGCUGACAGCAGCUAGAUUUGCGCAGACACAACGUGCAGUUGUCAGCUUUACCUCAUUACCUUGGAGAAGACGUUCGUUUCGCCUUGCUGCGAAACUGGCAAUUGCUCUCAAUAAGAAAAAGAAGACGGGACGCUUUCAUUCGGAAGAUUUAGAUGGAAGGCCAGAGGGGAACGCUAUGGACGAAGAAAGAAAACUCGAACAAGAAGAAGUUUUUUUACGAGAACAGAAUCGUAGAAUUGCCGCAGAGACAGAGCUACGUAGAAUGAAAUAUAGUGUUACUGGGAUCAUUCGUCAACACUCUUACGUUGAAACAGAAUUUUCAGCCAAAUCUGAUAAUCAGUCACUGAAUUGGUUGGGUGGGUGGGACACUCCUGAGUUGCUAUUUUUGUCCAAAGUAAGGAAAGUCUUCAUUCGAGAGACUAAUGCAACCAAAGUGAUUGACGAUGUAACAAGUAGUAGCCCAGGCCAAUAUGAUGGUUAUUAUUCUUACGAAUAUGAUGCAGUUCUUGAUAUGGACAGCUCCCAAGAACAAACUUUGCGUUCAAUGGCUGAGUUGUUAGUUGCAGCACUGGAAAGAAAGUCAGGAACUCUACUGAUAUUUGGUUCAUCAGCAGAAGCAGAAAUGCAUACUGCAAUUGGUUUGCGUGACGAUCCAGGAGUAUUUCUUCUUGCGGUUCAGAAGAUUUUACGAGUAUUAUCUCCCGAUCAAAAUCUAUUUGUCUCUUUUGAGACGUAUGACCACGAAGGAAACAAUCGAACCAACUUGUUAUCCAAUUAUAAAAGUCCACAGAAUUCUGCUCAAGGAGAAUUCUGUAGGAUGAGUUUGGAUAGUUCACAACAUUUAUCGUCGAAGCGACUGGAGGGAAAGAAAGUUGAAAGGGGCAUCGAAAACGAUGGAGAGUAUUUGGCAGACUUUGGUCAGUAUUGGAAAAACACUUCACAACAGCAAAGUAUUAGCUUUGUCCACGUUCGGCAUCGAAGAGAAUGUGAAAGAAUAUUGUCUCAUGCUAUGAGAGAGUAUUCGUUCAUAACACGGGAAAGAGAAGGAACUUCUCAUCUUCUUAUUUCAUUGAAGAUUGUAAAUCGAGAUAGAGUGGGUGCUGGAAGUCAAACGGAAGGACUUGUAAACAUUGCUGUUAUCUUCUGUAAUGCAUUCUCUUUGGAUAAGAACUUUUAUGCUCUUCGAAAUCCUCCAAAAGUAUCACUCUGUGAAACUAUCAUUCAGAUUCGACAGCUUCUGGCACAUCGUGAAGAAGUCCGGUUAACAUCCAAUGUUUAUUAUCCUGAAAUAAUAAGAGUACUUGUAGAAAGGGGCGCCUUUAUGAGAAAUGGAAGAACGAAGUUGGCAGUGAUGGGAUGUAUCGAUCAACGGAACGAUAUAGAAACAAAUGCGAACUUGUUGGAGUUCGUCAGUAACUGGAGAUCGAUUUCCUUGGCCGACUGCGACAACUCUAGUCACUUGUUAUCAUUGUUAUUCGAAAUUAACGAAGAUGACAAUAAUUUACAAGCUCGACGGCGUUUAAGGACACCUCUUCGUACUUCGCGGAGUGAUAACUCGGAUUUCGAAGAAUCCACCAAGACGAUUGCGUUGCCUUCAUCAUUGACUAGGCAUGUUUCGACGACGUCGUCUCUGGACAGAAAAAACUCACAACGCACUUUCCAGGCGACAGAAUCCUCACUAUCCGGCAUUUGAAUGGAACAAUGCCACAAGUUCGGAAAUAAUAAGGAAGGAUGAUAUGUAUGAGUCUAACACUUAUCAAUACU